AUGUCAUAUACUCUGAGGGGAUAUUACAAUGGCACCCUUGUUGACACCAGAGCGCACCGGGCAUUGUUCCAGCGACGUAGAGACGUGAUGGGCCACACUCUGACCAUGUCCAACGUCAUCCAAGACAGCAACACAACACAGUACCACCUGCCGCUCGAGGACAGAUUGGAGCCUCAGUUCGACUCGAUAGCGAAGAUAUGCUGGAUGGAAGUGAGGCUCGCGUUCAAAAUACUGAACGCGACGCCGCGACACAUAUUCAGCCACCGCUGGGGCUACAAGCAGAACGGCCAGUGGUCCGGGAUGAUCAAUGACUUGCACACGGGGAAAGCAGAUCUAGGCACGAACUGCCUGGUGUCUGACAAGGAGCGGCUGGACGUGGUUACCUACACAGACAUGGUGGCUCCGUUCCGAGUGCGGUUCGUGUUCCGCCAGCCGCCGCUCUCUUACGUGACCAACAUUUACUCGCUGCCCUUCUCGAAGGGCGUGUGGGUCGCCAUUGUAGUGUGCGCCGUGAUCUCUACGGCAGCGUUGUUCGUGGAGACUAGAUGGGAGAAGACUGUUGUGAGGAGUCCAUCGCAACUGGACGGCAGCGUCAGCGACGCCAUGCUGCUAGUAAUGAGCGCGAUUGGCCAACAAGGGUGCGUUCUGGAGCCUCGAAAAUUAUCAGGUCGCGUGAUGGUGUUUCUGUGGUUCGCGGUGCUGAUGCUGCUUGCCGCCGCGUACUCCGCCAACAUCGUGGUGCUGCUGCAGGCACCAUCCUCCUCCAUCAGAACCCUGGCGCAGCUCGCAGACUCCGGCCUCACGCUGGCCGCCAACGACGUAGACUACAACCACUUCGUGUUCAGUCUGUAUAAAGAUCCAGUCAGAGUUAAAAUAUACAAGAGGAUUGAUCCAGAAAAAGGAAAAGGGCAGUUCUACGACAUAAAUGAAGGAGUCGAGAGGAUACGGCAGGGCCUGUUCGCAUUCCACUCUAUCGUGGAGCCGGUGUACAGGCGUAUCGAGAAGACGUUCCAGGAGAAGGAGAAGUGUGACCUGCAGGAAGUAGACUUGGUGAACGGCUUUGACCCCUUUAUUCCGGUGAAGAAAGACUCCCCCUAUUUGGAACUGCUAAGAGUCACGUUGAAGCGUAUCCGCGAGUCAGGUAUUCAAAACUGCAUAGUUCGCCGUCUGCAAGUUCGUCGUCCUGUGUGCGAAUCAACUAGCGCAGCAUUCAGCAGCGUGCGGUUGCGGGACAUAAGGGCCGCGCUGUUACUGCUGCCCUGCGGACUGGCUGCUGCCCUGGCUGCCCUUAUAGCCGAACGAGUGUACCGUCACCGUUACUUCUAG